AUGGCUCGUGAUGCGCGAGCGUUGUCCGACCCCAUCGGGUGCCUUAAGAAGUUUGACGUCGCAGUGGAGGCGGGCGGAGCCACCGUUGUCCUGGCCGCGGAAGACAAGUCCGUUCUCGCGGACGAUAGCGCUGACUUCACCGCCGCAGUCCUCGAUUUCGCGUACAUGCACGCGGUCGAGGCCAGGCAGGAGGAGUCCGACGACGAGAAAUAUGAGGAAGCAGAGGGCGAUCAAGAAACCGAGGGGGCGGGUGAAGGGGAUGGCGAUGGCAAGGACGGGGAGCAGCGAGACCGCAAUCGCGAGGCCGCGGACCGUACGCUCCGUAGGUUGGAGGACACGAUGGUGGGACUGAAGGCUUUGAUUGCGGAUUCGAUUUCGGAUGCGGUGGCGCGAACGCGUUACGAGAUGGCCCCGUGGGGAAGGAUGGGGACGUUCGAGGCAGGUGUGGCGACUGCCGCGGACCGUGGAGGUGGAGGCAUCAGGAUGGUCACCGGACCCUUGCGCUUUGAAACCACAGAAGCAACGGGGAGCGAGGAUCGCGGGGUGAAGAGGCCAUCCGGGUUACCGACAUCCCGUUCACCCUCGCCGCCCCCCAAGAAAGCAAAGGGAUCGUCCGAGCAACCGGAGGCCCAAGAACCUGGCCGCGGGAGUUUGGCUCAGAAGUCCAAAGCCGCGGGUGCGACUGUCAAGAGGCCCUCGCCGAUCCCGUCUGGCACUGGAGGGCCGCCAGCAGCUGGAGGUGCCGCGACCCAGCAGGCUGGUGUGCCUUUGCUGCAUGGCACAGAGAAAAUCCCUGACGCAGAUGCUAAGGCAACGGAGGCCAUGCAGAAGUGGUUGUCCAUGGUUCAGCACCCGGAGAAGGCGGACGCGAAGGGAAGCGCGAAAGGAAAGGAGAAGGAGGAUCCAAAAUGGGGCAUUGGUAUACGGCGAAACUCGCGGGGCUUGUUCACCUCGGAGCUUCACCACUCGUCACGCUGGUACUUCGGUUCCCACGCCAAGCUCCCUACCGUGCGGUUUUUGUGCGCGGUGGCGAUAGAUGGUGUGGAAUCAGCAGAUUACCGAGGACAAGCUGGUUCUGACUGA